AUACAGAGGCAGUCUCCCUCAGAGUACCAGCCUCUGUGGGACAUGAAACUAGUGAAGGUCUCUUGCCUUACCUUCUAAUAGCACAUUGACAGACAAAAAUCCAACAGACAUAGCUUUCCCCCAGCACAGGGGGAAUGUUUUACCUGUUGAAUGUUUGCCCUUCGUUUGCCUGCCAGCCCGUGUGCUAAAGAUGUGGAGGAAUAGCCACAGAUGCUGCUUCACAAUGGUUGCCCAGGUAACAAAACUGCAGUGCUUUUAACCCACCCUGCUGGCCUUGCCUCUUGUAACCAGAGGAGCCAAACCCAACUGUGCUGGCCACCAUGACAGCGGCUCAGAAAUGUAGCUUCUUCCCCCAAGAACCAUACUAUAUUCCUGGAUAUGGGGGUUUUUACCCUCAGGUCCGCUACCAGGUUGGGAGAACAUAUGGCAGAACCACCAACAACUUGCUGACAGACCCUGAAGUCCAGAAAAGCCCCUACUCCGUGCUUACACCUCUGAGCCGGCCAAAGUUCAUCGAGGAUUUCAGCCGCCGGGAAGUCCCUCCGGCCGAUAUGCUGGAUCAGUACCAAAAUUACAUCCCUGGAUAUACAGGCUUUGUCCCCUACCACACUUGCUUUCCUAUUCCAGGCAUAGAGCCCCGGCCCCCUAUCGCGAAGAUCGGCCCCCUGGCUGACAGCCAGGUGUGGAAGGACGCCAAUGCAGCACAACUCUACCAGCAGAGAAAGUACACUCCCUGCCACCCCGGCAUCAGGCUGGCGUGCGGCCCGGGAUGGAGGCAAUUUGCUUCCACGGCUGGCUCGAAUCUGGUGUCCAUGAACGGCGACCGGAAAGUGGUGUGCCACCCAGACAUCCCACUGGUGUGUGGGCAGGAAGACAGCCGAGGGCCCUGCAAAACUGACAUUGCGCUAUCGUGCGGGCAGGGCUGGAGAAGCGCCCCCACCCUCAAAGGAACCGAUCAGCCCACCCAUCUCGAAGCAGUGCCGCUCCCGCCAGUGACCGAGACGGUGGACGUGAAGCGCUUCGGAUGGACCCCCCGGCUGGACAUGCCCAACCUCAUUCAGCGGAAAGCUAUUUCAGGGUACACUGGAUUCAUCCCACGCUUCACCUGGAUUAUGGGCGUCAACUACCUGAAGGGGGUCAAAGAAGCCAUGAACGAGUUUGACAGAAACCAGGAAAUGCUGAGAAGCCCGCUGUACAGCUUUGGCAAGCGGCUGCCACGCACCUACUGGCCCAACACCAAGAUCUACACCAGCAAAGGCCUGAUGCCGUUCUACACUGGGUUUGUGCCAACGAUACGGCAGAGUUAUGCUCUAACCUUUGGAAACAGCACCCGGAAGGCUUACUAUGACGAACUACUGCGGAGACAGAAUGCAGGGUGAAAAUGCCUUUAAUGUCUGUACAGCAGCAGACAGAAGAUGACAUCAGGAAGAAAUCGGAAGUGCAGAACAAAGAAAACAGAACAAGUUUGGAAUGAAUAAAGUUUGUUACAGCUUUCAACAUAAUUUACACAGGUGUUCACGGAGGGCUGGGCUCUUUAGGCGGCUUCCUCCUCGGCUUCUUCCUCAAACUCGCCCUCCUCCUCAGCAGUGGCAUCCUGGUACUGCUGGUAUUCGGACACCAGGUCGUUCAUGUUGCUCUCGGCCUCCGUGAACUCCA